AUGGAUUCGGUGAUUGGAGGCACUGGAAAGUUAAACACCGGAUAUGACAUUCCCUUACUCGGACUCGGUACUUACAAAAUCACUGGAGAAGAGGUGAAACCGACGGUGGAUAAAGCUCUGGCCCUCGGAUUCCGAUUAUUCGACACAGCGAAAUACUAUGAAAAUGAGCCAGAGCUCGGAAAUGCAUUGGAGGUAUGUUUCACAAAACAGUAA